AUGUUGCAAGAGUUCAAACAAUUCUUUUCUCAAACGAUCCAAUCGAAUCGUUUGCAAGGUGGUGUUGAAUCCUCAUCGGUAGUUUCGGAUCAAACCAAUUAUGCAGUGGCUCUUACUUCUGUGGUGGGUGUUGGGUUUGCAGCAGCUCUCGUAGCUUCUUACAAGCUUUUCAAGAAACAAUCAAAGAAUGCACAAAAACCACCCUCGGACUUGAAGCCUUCCACCAUCAUGAUUGCAACCAUGAAAGAUUUACAAAUGUUGUACAUGAAGGAAGAAGAAAAAUCCUUUUUGAAACCUCAGUUGGAUCCGAAUGAUGUUCUCAUGAAAAAACCAAGAAUUGGCGUCUUGCUUGUUAAUCUAGGUACCCCCAAGGAUGCCACUCCAAACUCUGUCUACAAGUAUUUGAAACAAUUUUUGAUGGAUGGUCGAGUGAUCGAUGCUCAUCCUUGGCUCCGAUUCGUGAUCGUGAAUCUCUUUAUUGUUCCUUUUCGAUACAAACACUCGACCAAAAACUACCAGAGUAUUUGGAAAUCGAAUGAUUUUACCGAUGACAGUGCUUCUCCUCUCAAAUAUAAUACUGAAUUGAUUUUGAAGCAAUUGAGGGAAAGAGUGGUCGGAGAACAGGAGAAGCAACAACAACAACAACAACAACCAUUUGAUGUGGUCGUGGAAUAUGCCAUGCGAUAUCAAGAUCCAUCCAUUGAGGUUGGUCUAAACAAGUUGCGCCGAGAGCAUCAUUGCACGCAUCUCAUGAUUUUACCUCUCUUCCCUCAAUAUGCUUCCGCUACGGUUGGAUCCAUUCAUGAAGAAUGCAUGAGAGUCCUAUCUCAGUGGCUUUCCAUUCCUUCCUUAAAUUUUGUCAAUUCAUUCCCAACCUAUGAUCCUUUCAUUCGUUCAACCGUGAAAAGGAUUGAGGAGGCUCUUCAUAAUCAAUCCGAAGAAAUUCAAAGCAAACAUGGUAUUGAUCACGUACUUGUGAGUUAUCAUAGUCUUCCUCUCCAUCAUGAGACCAAGGGCUAUAAGGAGAGAGAGGAUUUAGAUUUCUCAUAUUAUGCUCAAUGUCUGCAAACCACAAAGGCUGUCUUACAACAAUUAGUGAACGCUCCUUUCAAGUUGGAAGAAUCAAAAGGACAUCCAGGUACCUAUAUCAUUUCAGAAUUUAAAGGAGAAAUUUCCAAAUUCUUUGCACACAAAGUCACUGUUGAAACCACUUUUCAGAGUCGUCUUGGAAAGCUGCCAUGGCUCUCUCCAUACACGACGACUGUGUUAGAGGAAUUGGCGUUGGCUAAGAAGCGAGUUCUUAUUGUUUGUCCAUCAUUUGUGACAGAUUGCAUUGAGACAGAUCAUGAAUUAAUGAUUGAAGAAAGAGAGGAAUUUCACUCGAGAGGAGGAGACUUGUACGUGUUGGUAAAAUCAGUGAACGAUGAAUCAAUCUUUGUGGAGGGACUGUAUCAAAUGAUUUUGAAUUAUGGCAACGCAUUACAUUGA